GCGCGACCGCACGUUUGCGCUCGUGCGGGGAGAGGGGCCGCGACGAGAGAGGCGACGAGAGCGGGAGAGGGCGAAUUAUAAAUAGCUAACCCUAAACAAAGGAAAUAAGAAAAAAAAAAAAGGGGAAAAAUCGUUGGGAUUAUUACGAGGGGUUCGACGUGUAUCUCUCCCUCGGAUCGUGGGUUUGAAGGGGAGGGUACACAUAAUCUACUCCUUUUGACUCUGGAAAAGAAUAUUGCAUACAUUCCGUGCGCAUAUUUGUAGUCAAGGUUGUAAAAUUUUGAAGUAUCAUGAUGUUCGAUCAGAUGGGGAAGGAUGUUAAAGAAAUGUCUAGAGGUGAAGAGUCGGAUUGUGUAGCUAUACGUGCACCUGGUGACGACAUUGAUCGAACCAACGAAGCUAUGGAUGACAGCCGAGAUGAAAUUUCUCAUAGUGGGCAAGAGGUACCGCGCAUUAGAAGAUCAUUACGCUCUAACUACACUGUUCCUCAGCCAUUUUCUCUCGCGACUGAAAAGAGGGCUUUGGUCGGACAUCGGGCUUUUGUCGCCGAUGCUGCUGCUAAUGGGGAAAAGCUUGCAAAUUCAAACAGCUCGCAAUUGGCAGGCCCGAUGAAGAAGACUCAGAGUAACUCACCCGUUGCAAAUAGGAAGCCCUUGCAACCUGAUAAUAAAAUGCACCAAGAUGAAGAGGAUUCUUGCUCCAUUGCUUCAUCGAACACUACUUCGAUAAGAGCUAGUAAAACUAGGCCAAUCAUACCAAUGGCGCCAGUUUUUAGAUGCAGUGAACGUGCUGAGAAGAGGAAAGAGUUUUAUUCCAAGUUAGAAGAGAAGCAGCAAGCUUUGGAGGCAGAGAGAACUCAAUCAGAAUCUAAGACGAGGGAAGAGGAAGAGGCAGCUAUAAAACAACUGAGAAAGAGCUUGAACUUCAAGGCAACACCAAUGCCAAGCUUUUAUCAUGAGGAACCUCCGAAGGUUGAACUUAAGAAGACUCCUACUACUCGAGCCAAAUCGCCCAAGUUAGGCCGGAGGAAGAGCUGUGAUGGUGUGGCCAAUCUGUCAGGAGAUAAUGCUUUUGGCUCAUGCGGUCAGUUGGAACGUCACAGCACGGGGAGCUGCAAAGAAGCGUACAAGUUACGGACUCAUUCCGAGACUCAGAAAGAAGGGACCAAAACAGGUAGGGAGAAUUCGAAGCUCCUUGCAAAUGAGGCAGCGGGAUCGACGGCUACAGAUAUUAUUGUUCAGCAUUGAAUUCUUAAUUGUUCUCUUUUUCCCCUAAAAAGAAAAAAAAAAAAAGAACUCUUGCAUGAAAUUUAUUUGUUGUGUAAUAUUUUGUGGCGAGCCUUGUGGGAAACUGUGAUUUGUAACCUUAUGACUUGAAAUGUUAAUAGAAUUGUGCUUUUAUAUGUAAA